AUGGUUGCCAAACAACAACAACAACAGCAGUCACUACAACAACAAUUACAACAGGAAUGUAGUAGUAAUAGUACAAACUAUAACAACACGUCACCAAAUGUUUAUGCAACUAGUCCAACAGGGACAGGUCCAUCUGGCCUGGCGGGUUUGAUCAAAGAGAAGGCAUCCACAUCAGUCAGCAUCACAACUACACACUUUGGAACACUGAGGAAGAAGGAUAGAGUUGUGGUGGCUGACCUCCAGGACAAGGCCAAUCGCGAGGUUGAAUAUCUAAAGAUGAUCGACGAUGUAUCACCAUGCCUCAAUGCCAUCCACCAACUAAUGACUGUUAAACACUUGUCAUUGGCCAGUGUAUUUAGAGAGAGGAUGACACGUGCCAGGUCAACAUUGUCAUGUGCCGCCAUACAACAUCUAACAUUGUUGUGCCAGUAUUAUGUGGCCAUGUCAGAUCAGUUCAAUGUGGAUAAGAUUAGAGCCAAUAUAGUGAUGGCCGAACAGUUGUUGACAUACCUCAACACAUACUCUGUGGACUGUGACAACUGUUUUGUUGGUCUGAUGCCUCAUGAGGACCUCCUUUUCAAGCUGGCCAAGGACUUUGACUCGAUCAACGCCAUCAACCCAUUGGCCAAUGAUCUGGGGCAGCAGCUCUCGUCCAACAUAUCAACGACACGCGAGCAACUUCUCGUCAACAUUAUCAACUGGUCAGCAAUCUCUGAUAAUAUCCAGUUGUCCAAAGCCGUGCGCCGCUACGCUUCAAUCUUACGCGGGGUCGACAAGAUAAAGCGUGGAGACAUAGUAAUUGUGCGCUUCCCAGAGGACAGGAAGAGCUUCAGUGGGCACAAGGCCGCUGCCAUCGCAUCAGGUCAAUCACCAAGUGUAAAUAGUGUACAUAACAUCAACAACAACGCUGUAGGCAACACCAACAAUGGUGCGAGUAGUAGUUCUGGUGUGGGAGGCAAUGGUACCACUCACAGGAACAGCUUUAGCUUGGCGCGACAAUCCAGCCAGAGCAACAUUGUCACGAUGCAGGAGUACUUGGACAGACGCGCGUUCCAGCCCAAGGCUCUGUUUGCCAGAUUCAACGGGGACCGCACAUCACACACGAUAAAUGUAUGGCUGAACGCCGAGGAGACAGAGUUCCUGGUCGUGGGAAUCGAGGAUGUGUUGUUACUCAACAAGUCGACGAUCGAAUGUAUCCGCGAGCAUCGCAAUGUAGACAAGAUUGUACAGUCACCACUCGAGCGUUUCUACGCGCAGAUCAUCGAAGAGAGCAAGCUGCACACGAUCAACUACCUGUCAGAGAGCGGCGUGGACAUGUCAUUCUUUAUUGGCGAGUGCGCGGCUCCGUCGCUCCUGGACCUGGAGCGUCUGCGAGCCAUCGAGUCGACGUUCAAACAGAUGUGGGAUUUGGCCGACCACCCGACAUUCCGCGCGCUCGAGCUCGGCAUGAAGGAGCGCAUCGACAAGUUCUUUGCCGACACAGACCACCGCCUGUUCUUCAUGCCCAAGUAUGAGAGCAUCAUUGUGGACAUCCGUGGCCAACAUCAUCUGACGCUGGCGCGAAACAAGCUCCGACAGCUGCUGUGCGAAUGCGAGCUGCUCUUUGACAAGAUCAAGUUGGAGAAGCGUGACAUUCUCAAUGGCACCAUCAAGAACCAGAUCACCGAGUGGUGGCUUAAGCUGAUUGAGACCAAGACCAACGCGUUCCUACAGGAGCGUGGUUACAACUUUGGCGCCAUACCCGAGAACUAUAUCGAACAGCCUCCAAACAACAUGAAGGAUGUGAUCAAGAACCUGGCCCUAAUCAAACGAAUACUGGAUUCAAAGUUGAAUGGAAAUGCCAUCGACACGAUGGACUUCGAUAGUAGUAGCGCCAACUCCACACCUAGCACGCGUAGUUCUACCCUCUCCAAUGUCAUUAGUGAACAUAUCAACAGCAAUCAAUCAGGCAGUAGCUCACCAAUGAUUGAACCACACUCAUUAUCUCCAAGGUCAAAUGGCAGUUCCCCUAUCAAGGAUGCUGCCGCUGCAGCCCCGAGUCCAUCUUCAUCAACUACAACCGUUGAUCAAUCAACGUCCAAUAAGUGCGCCUCACCAGUGUUGCUGAUCAAGGAGUUGCGACAAGAGAUACAACCUGUAAUCAACACGUUCAUCAAGAAGAGUCAUAUUGUGUUGAGCGAGAUGCUUGGACUGCCACUAUCCAACGUCACGGUCCAGGUGGCCUCAGAGCGACUGAAAGAUCGAAGACAGCAACAACAGAUAGAUGAGCAGUUGGCAUCAAGUAUCGAUGACUUGCUGUCCGACCUCGAGUAUCUUCGAGAGAUGAUACACUUGGAGGAUGCGACGACGAGUGAGCGCAGUUUACACAUCGUUCCUAUAAGUGGAUUGGUGAUGAACACAUUCGCUCGCAUUGAGAAUGAGCUCAAGACUGUGGUAGAGCUAUGGAACAGUUCCAGUAUGUUUGUUUCGGCCAUGGACGGUGCUGACCCAACGGGCAAGACCCCCUUACAAGGACCAGUCAAGCCAUUGAACGGCGAUCAAAAGUCUGAACUUCAUCUCGCCGUGACUGAGGAGAGGCUGGAGGACAUAAAGACCAUCCUGGCGGACAAUGGAUCAGCAUCGAUUAACUUCACAGAUGUCAAUGGAUGGACGCCACUACACUCUGCCGCGCACUCUGGUAACGCAGACGUGUGCAUGUUGUUGCUCUCCGUCCCCAACAUAAGUGUAUCGCUAAAGAACCGCGAUGGCGCAUCCAUUCUACACUACAUGGUGCGCCACACUCUAACCGACAGCCGCAAGCAAGUCGUCCAAACACUGUUGGACAAGGGCCUGGACAUCAACACUGGCAGCCGGCACGGCGAGACUCCACUACACUCUGCAUGCUUCCGCGGCGUCGACGAUGUCGUAUUGUUCCUCAUUCAGAAUGGUGCCAAUGUCAAUGCCAUCACCAAUGGAGGUGAGACGGCGUUACACUACGCCGUGACAGCAGGUCGCGCAAGCAUCGUAUCCACACUACUACAACAUGGCGCACAGGCACAUAUCCGAUCAAAGCGUGGCACACCAUUGGAGAUUGCCAACAACUUCAAACUUCAUGCCAUUGCUACAUUGAUCAAUGCUGUAUUGCAGGCGACUGCUGGAGGUGGUGGAACUGCUUCAUCUUCGUCCGACACCACAACAUCAAUGAAGACUACGACACAAUCAUUAUCUUUCAAUCAGACUAAUCCCAGUGCUGGCGGAACUGGAACCAACAACAGCAGGACAGGAGGUAUGGAGCGUGGCGAGAGGUUCAAGAUAGGAGGUGCCAGACUUGGUAUGCCAUCAUCCACAAGUACAAGUGCCAACCAAUAA